UUACAGAUGGAAAUGAUACAACGUGUGCAGUUCUUACAGGUUCUAGUUUCUCUCUUGAUGUCAAAUGGCCUUCUAAGAUCUACUUCACUUGGUUGCGGAUUAUAGUCGGAAAUGGUGGUAAUUAAAGUCUUUUUUUUCGUAUUUCUUGGAUUUAAUUUUUAAGUUAUCAACAUCCUGCUCAUUAUUUAUUUGUUGUCUUAUUUUAAUAUGUUUUCAAUUAUAUAUUUUCACAGACAAUAAAGUAGUGUAUAAUAAAUUGUAUAUUAUGUCCUGCAUGUUUAGAAGGACAAAAGGAAAGUGUUUCAAUAAAGUUUCCUGGUGACGUCACAACACAAAAUGUGGAAUGUAAAAAAGUGUUUGUUGAUAAAAUAACAACCGACAUUUAUUGCAACAUUUCAAACCCUAUACAAGGAAUUAUCUUGAACGGAUCGGCAGUUAACACAUUAUGUUCACUUUAUAUCAGCAAAGGUAACAUUUUAUAACAAAGUAGAAUUUUAAAUAAUUUAUCCAUCACUGUAGCGCUCGAUGGAAUCAACCUCAACCAAAUUUUAAAUAAUUAGUAAUUUUUUUUUAUUUCUUUAAAUAUAAAAGUGAUUUUUAUUUACAUACAAAUUAAAGGUAUUUAAAUAUUAACUAAAAAUAAAAUUGAUAAAUUUAUUGACACAUAUAUUGAUACAUUUUAUUCCACUAUUAUAUACAGAAAAUAUUAAAGGCAUUAAAAUUGUUUUUUAAAAUAUUUUUUUCAUUAAAAAACAACUAUUUAAAACAAAAUAUAUAUUUAAAAAGUUUCUAAUUUUUGUUAAGUUUGAAUUGAGUAAGGCAUGGAAAUAUCGUUAUAGUUGCAAGUACGAAUAUAUUCCAUAAACAAUUUUUUUUUUUUUUUUUUUUAAAAUUAAAGGGACUAUGUCAACUGACAUUUUAAUGUGCGCCUUUAAAAGACUCCAAUAUAAUAGUUUUUACAAAGAAGUCAUGUAAUUAAGGAAGAAAAGAUCAUUGAAAUUAAAGCCACGAUAACUCAAAAUAAAAAUUAACGCGUUUGUUUUUAAAUCAAUUUUAUCUCCAGGUCGAAAUGUUGCUUUAAAACAACCAACAAAUCAAACAUCAAAUUACUAUUACGCAAUGUACCCCGCAAGCAAUGCUGUAGAUGGUAAUACGAAUUGGAAUUUUUGCACACAUACGCAAGACGGGGGCGAGUCUGCCCCGAGAUGGACCCUAUCUUUUAAAUCAAAUGUUACAGUGUCAAGUUACACAAUCUACAACCGAGUUGAUGGUAAGUAG